UCUGACCGGCCGGACGUCCCUCCAUCCAUCCAUCCAUAACCAUAACGUCCAGAAAGAGGCAACAUAUCGUCGAUCGAUCGUUCCUGCUGAGCUGAUUUGGUUAGUCCCGGCCUCCACGAAUUGAUCGAUGAAGCCGAACGGCAGCACGAGCAUGUCGUCGUACCUGACGUGCAACCUGGCGCCCGGCCGCGGCGCCGGCGCCCAGGACGACGGCCCCUCGCAGCCGCAGACGGCCACCUGCUGCACGGCGCUGCACCGUGGUCCUGGGUCGACGCAGCCGCGGUUCGCGCCGAUCCGGACGCCCGGCUCGGCGGCCUUGAUGCUGGAGGACGACGACCAUACGAUCGAGGAGGAGGAGACCGAUGAGGGCGAGGGACAGCAGCAGCAGCAGCAGCAGGAGCAACAGAAGAAGAAGUUGGCAAAGACGCCGACGAGGAAGGCGGCGGAGGCGACCAAGACGAUGAUCAAGAAGAUGGUGCGCAAGUGCAAGUCGUCGGUGGCGGACGUGGACGCGUCGCGGAUCGCCGCCGACACAGGCACGCCGUCGCGGCUCCGGCGCAGCGUGGCCGUGCGUCGGGACUGGAGCUUCGAGGACCUCCACGGCGGCGGCCACAACGCCGCCUGAAGAAACAAUCGGUCGAUCGGUCCGUCCGUCCGUGGUUUCCAGGAUCUGCAUGCAGGCGUGCUGAUCCAUACGCGUCAUAUAUACGGUGUAGAUGUCAGCUAAAACUUAGACAUAAAUCAUGGUACGAAAAAUACUCAUGAUCUGAUUAUAUUUUAACAAAAACAAAUCUGUGUAAAUAUUUU